ACCUUAAUUUUGAAGAAAGAAAGGGGAAGAAAAAUUGGAGCAGCUCUGUAUUACCCUUGGGACAUCUUCAGGAUGGAUGCUUCUCUCAUUGAUUCAACUGACUUGAGUGAGGUUGAGCAGGCUGAGCUACAAAUAAUCAAGAAGCAUCAGAAACAAUUUCUGGAAGACAUUCAGAAAAUAAAUGAAGAGAUUGCUGAAAUAUUUCUGGAGAUUGAUCUUUUCCAGCAAGCACAAUCAUGCAAAAUGAUUCAGAGGGAUAAAAAUUUGGGCAUCGGACGGAAGAAAUUUAAUAUGGAUCCUGUUAAGGGUAUUCAAUAUCUGGUUGAGCACAAGGUACUCUCCUUGGAUGCACAAGAAAUUGCCAGAUUUCUUUACCAGGGAGAAGGGCUCAAUAAGACAGCCAUAGGAGAUUACCUGGGGCAAAGGGAUCCAUUGAACCUCCAGAUUCUGCAGGCUUUUGUAGAAUGUCACCAGUUUGCCAAUCUCAAUCUUGUGCAAGCACUACGUCAGUUUCUGUGGAGCUUCCGCUUGCCUGGAGAAGCCCAGAAGAUUGACCGCAUGAUGGAAGCCUUUGCCAACUGGUAUUGUCAGUGCAACUCAGGCAUUUUCCAGUCAACAGAUGCCUGCUACAUCCUUUCAUUCUCUGUCAUCAUGUUGAAUACCAGCCUCCACAAUCCAAAUGUCAAAGAUAAACCUCCAUUUGAGCGGUUUGUGUCCAUGAACAGGGGCAUCAAUAAUGGAGCAGAUCUUCAAGAAGCAUUACUGAAGAAUUUAUUUGAUAGUAUCAAGAACGAACCAUUUUCCAUUCCAGAGGACGACGGAAAUGACCUCACCCACACUUUCUUCAACCCUAGUCGGGAAGGCUGGCUCCUCAAGCUAGGAGGCAGAGUGAAGACCUGGAAACGGCGCUGGUUCAUUCUGACAGAUAAUUGCCUGUACUAUUUUGAAUACACCACGGACAAAGAGCCUCUGGGGAUUAUUCCACUGGAAAACCUAUCAAUUCGACCAGUAGAUGAUCUGAAGAAACCAAAUUGCUUUGAGCUCUUCAAUGCAAACUGCAAAGGGCAGAAGAUCAAAGCUUGCAAAACUGAUGGGGACGGAAAGGUAGUUGAAGGCAAGCACCAGUCCUAUAAGAUCUCUGCAGCCUCCCAGGAGGACCGUGAUCUAUGGAUUGAAGCCAUACGAACCAGUAUCACUAGAGACCCUUUCUAUGACCUGGUUGCUGCUCGUAAGAAAAAAGUUGCCAGCAAAAAAUGAAACUUCUGGUUAGGACCACCUUGUUCAGUCAACGAUUAACACCAAGAAAUGACUUCCAUGAAGUCCUAACGGCAAAAUUCCUCAACAAUGUCUAUGAGACAGGCAAGCGAUUGAAAGGAUGAUCAGUCACCUUCUUUCCCAGAAUCAAAGUAUGCAGAAUCAGAGACUGCUACAGGAAUUCUAUCUUGCCUUCGUGUACAGAAAACAAGCACAAAUUUCUGAGUAUAUGGAGCAGGAUAUAGUUGUGUACAUGUAUGGGUCAGGAAAUCCAGGAAAUGGCACAUUUCUUUUGCAGUUGCAGUGUUUUUAUACAUGUAAAACUAGAUUUUUUACAUUGACUCCUGCCCCAUCUGAUUCACUGUUUUGAGGUCUCUUGAAUAAUGACGCUGUCUGAGAUAAAUGUACCUGGAAUACUGGAUGAAGGACAUUAAGGGGAACUAAUAGACCCAAGGGAUGCUGUGGAGCUUGACCAGAAUAAACAUAUAUUACUGUGUUGCUGAGCUUGGCAAAUGGCUCUUUUGGACAUGUGAAUCAUUGCCAAGUUUAUUGUAAUACUGUAUGUUAGUUUUGCAGGACAGAACCUUCCAGCCAAAAUCAGGCUCUAAAUAAACAAUGUUCUUUGAGUUGGCUGGUCCUUCAAUGUUGGAACAGCUGAAAAGUGUGAUUACAGAUGGAUAUUUGUUUAAUUCCCUCCUCUUCUGAAACAUUCACUAGCCCAGAAGAUCAAAAGCUAGAUUUUGCUAUGGAAGACUUACAUUCAAAUUCCAUUUUGACCAUAGCUUUUUUCCUUCUUCUCAUAAUUUUUCAUCUGUAAAAUGAGUUCUGUAAAAUAAUAAAACUUGUUUAAUGUGGUUAUGAAGAACUGGGCUGUUGUAAGAGUGAUGGCUACUUGUAAAAAUGCAAAUGAGGAGUACAAUUAUUUUUUUUUAGGUAAGUAGAUGUAAAGAGUUGCAUAUUAUUAAAAUACACUCCCAUAUGCACACAUAUACAGAAUUAGGGUGCAUUGUUUUCCAUACAAAUUCAAACAGAUGGAGAAAUAACAAUUUUUCUUUUUAAAUGAAAAAAAUGAAAAACAUCUUGCAGUCUUUUACACUUGUGGUUUUGUUUUUAUUUUAUCAACAUAAAACAGAAGCGGGAGGUAUGUUGUAUGUCUCUAUUGCUUUUCUUUUUUCUUAUGAAUCCCACUACACAAUUUGGAAAAAUACCAAAGACUUGUUAGAUGCAAAAAGUCUUAAAUUCACCAAACAGCAACCCUAGUUGCUGCUAGUCAAAGAAAGAAAGUCCAACUCGGAUGGCCCAACAAAUAACCUGAUAUAAGAUUACCACUGACAGGUUUGGAAGCUGAUGUCACUCAAGGGUACAGAAGAUGUACUCUUAUUCAAAAUAAGGAAUAUAGGGGGCACAAAAAAGAUCUAAGUCAAUUUUAGGUCUUAUCCAGAGCUCCUAAAGCAGAUCAAUGUGAUCUAACUCACUGUAAAGAUCCAAUCUGACUUAAAUCCACGAUCCUAAGUGAAUUCUGAGAAAAGGGAGCUCUAUUCAAUCUAGAUUAAUCAAUCAAUCAAUCAAUUAAUUAAUUAAGAAAUCUAGCAUGUGGAAGAAACAUGUGUGGGUUGUUUUAAUGUUUACAGAAUAAAAUGACAUUUGCUGGAAAGCCACACAGGUAAUGGAUGGAUGAAAUAUGAUCACUACCAAAAUAAUUCAUAUAGGGAGAUUGAACUAGGCUCCUUUAAAAUCUGUCUUUUUUUCUUUUUUUCUUUUUAGAAAAGUGCCUACAGCUCUGUCAUUUGGGGAUAGAAUAAUAGCCUCUCUGGUGGGAGACACCCUCAGUUUUUAGAUUAGGUUGAGAGGUAUUUUGCAAAAGGAAGGGUGCUCUGAAGAAUGGUGAUGCCCUUCCUGAAUGUAGUAGAGGUGAUUAUUGGGGAUUGAGGCAAAAGUAUACGGCAUUAACUCACCAUGGUUUGCAUGAAUUUCAUCAGUUUGUAGAUUUAGCUUACACAGCUUGCCAAACAUGAACACAACUGCUCAGCUGAAAGGAUGGGAUAACAAUGAGAUGACAAAAUAUUAAUGCCAUCUGCUGGCUUAUGAAUGAAAUAAUGAUCUGAAUUUGAAUAUUCCAUACCACCCUGGUUUGCAACUUUUUUUUAAAGCUCACAAAUAUGCAGAAUGUUAGCAUGUCUAGUCUGAUCUUUUGAUUAACAUAAGGAAUUUUUUAAAUUCUGUAUCUUAAAAUUGGAGAUUCAUGAAUUGAUUUCCCAAGAUUAUUGGGAAUAUGUAUAAUAGAAAGACUGUAACACUAACAAGAAGCCCAAACAAAUUAUAGAUAACACUGAAUAUAAUCAAGGUUGGAUGCUGGUAGCAAUUGCACAGCUAUGCAAGAAAAACUGCAUAAAGUCGACAGUUUUUUGGAAAAGUAUUUUUAUUAGCACCGAGUCCUUAUAAUUGUGAAAAACAGCCCGAAAACGUGUGAAUGCCAGAGAUUUAGAUUAGAUUUUAGAUUUUUUUAAUCUCGUCUUUAUUAUUUUUAUAAAUAACUCAAGGCGGCAACAUACUUAAUACUAGAAGAAAUAGUUAAAGAUUUAUUGAUGCCAAUCUAUGUAUGAUCACAUUCUGUUUUAGCACCCUCUGUUUUAACUAAUAUAUUAUCUGUUUCUGCUAAUGUUGUAUUUACUUGUUACUUGAAUUAUUUAUGCAUUAUUAUUCUUAUGGGUUAAUUAGAUUAUUUUGUAUUUUUAAUUGCAAUGCUGUCUACCUUGUCCU